AUGACUAUUCUAACGGUUAGCCCAUUGCAUAGCAAACGACAAACGCGGCCAACAAAUUUAAUUUUAAUUGCUCUAAUUUUGUAUAAUUUUAACGGUUUUGCAAAUGGACAAAGUAUUCUGGAACGUUUACGUCCGAACUCGAAUAUAACCGCCAACAUAAACGAUGAUCAAGUGAAAAUUAUAUCCGGCACCAAAGUGAAACGAUAUGAACGUCUAACUGUACCAAUAAAUGCUGGCACAAUAAAUCUAUUGCAUCCACAUCCCCCCUUUGUGGGAUUGGCCUAUGUUGCACCUAAUUGGCAAGCUGGUGCCAAAUUAACCGGAGAGGGAAUUGAAGGUAUGAUUACGUUUCAACAGUUACCCUACAAUAAUGAUAUAAAGGUAACCCUCAAUGCCACUGGAAUACCGGCUGGAAAACAUGCCCUACACAUUCAUACCUAUGGUGAUUUGACAGAUAGCUGCAAAUCGACGGGAGGACAAUUUCCCAAUAAUUUUUUGGGCAACAUCGAGGUCAAGGAGGGCGGUGAAGUAAAUGUGGCUUUUAUCAGCAUCUAUUUGACUCUAUUCGGUUAUAAUGGCAUCAUUGGACGUUCGGUAGUCAUACAUGAGAAACCCAUCGAUAUUAAUAGUGCCUUAAAUGCUGAAGUCUUUUCAUCGCCAUUACAUCCCAUACCCGAUGUCCAACAGGUUUAUCAGAAUGAAGAGAAUUCGGUGGGUGAAUCGAUUGCAUGUGGCAUUAUCAGUAUUAUGAAUUCACCCAUACCGACCAUCAAUAAGAAAUAA